AUGUUAAACAGAUGUAAAUCUUAUGAGAGGGCAAAAAAGCAAAUGGCAGUUUCAGAGGCACCUAAUGUUCUUACAAUUGCAUUGAAGAGAUUUCGGUCUGGAAAAUAUGGGAAGCUCAAUAAGCCAAUUCGGUUUCCUGAAAUACUUGACUUGGCACCUUUCAUGAGUGGGUCUAGUGAUUUGGCUAUAUACCGGCUGUACGGAGUCGUCGUACACUUGGAUACCAUGAAUGCGGCUUUUUCAGGUCACUAUGUGUCCUAUGUGAAAAAUUUCCAAAACAGUUGGUUCAAGGUUGAUGACAGUGUGGUGACGCCUGUUGAAUUGCAAACAGUCUUAACGAAAGGCGCCUACAUGCUUUUGUAUGCAAGGUGCUCACCUAGGGCCCCAAGAUUAAUCAGAGACAUGAUAGUGUCAGAUUCAAAAGGCAAAGUCCAUGGAAAAACCAUCACAACGAAACACAAACAUUCAUAUUCACAUUCUGAUUCUGCUAAAUACAUGACUAAUUCAGUCUCUCCAUAUGAUCUACCUGCCUUAGAAACUAUCCAUUCGAAGUUUCAUCGCAUGAAAAGUAUCAUGGAAGAAGACUCAUCAAGUGAUAAUUCAUCCCUCAUCAGCAACAAUUCUGAUGAAUGUUCUUGCAGCACAGAUAGCACCGGUGAUUCAACAGGUACCGACGAAUUUGCGGAUUAUGUUUUUGGUAACUCAGGACGAGGCGGGAGUGUUACUUCCUCCACGUGUUCAAGGGGGGGGAAACGGACGGUCUUUUGUAUAGGAGGAGAGCGAAAGGCAAGAGAAAGAACUGAUUGA